GCACAGCGGAGUGUUCUUCGGCAUCAUGGCUAGAGAAACUGUGAUUUCGUGAAAGGCUUUGCCGGGAUACGGAAUCAUCCUUUGCCCAAGUUGAAGAGAACCAUCGAUCAAUGCGGUUGAAUGUGGGGAGUCGCCGAGACACCCCGAUCCUUGUGAGCUUUCUGCCUACCGAAGAUGAUCAGCUGGACGUUUGCUGUGCCAGUACGGAGUAUUUCCGGGGUCCAGUUAGGGGAAAGCGAGGUCAUCGUAAUUCCCGGUGGGGAAUCAGAUCUUCCUUGUCUAGCCCAACGUCUGGUGGAAAACCCCUCCAUGCGGAACAUCCUGACUCCAAAGACGUUUGACAUAUGGCUUGUUGAAAGCGAAGCUCCCCCUAGGCUCCGGGUUUCUUUAUCAAUUUUCUAAAGUGACCCAAUUUCACGACUGCACUACCGUCGCUAUCAUGGCAGACGACUUCGACUAUAACGGCAUCAACGAUGCUUUCCAGGCGCUCUCGAAGGCUUCUCCGUUGUCGGUUCAAACCAUCGCUGACUUAGCGAUGAUGGGCACGGGGAAAUUUCCAGAUUUAAUCCGAACGCAACGUGAUUUCAACACAAACUACAACAUGAUUGAAUCCAGUCUUCGGGAUGCCUGCAGAGACAUUUUCCGUGAAGACUUUGGUUAUGAAUAUAAUGGCAACGAUAUCCAAGGGCCUCCAAAAGUGGAAUUUCAAGCCUUCUUCAGCUGCGGCACGACUUCUCCUAGCACCAUUGACAAUUAUAUCAAACAGUCAAUCAUUGAAAAUAUGCCGAUACCAGAAUCAACACAAAUUCAAGUGGCUGUAGGCUUAUCCAAAUUUAUCUCAACCUUGCUCGUUCCUGGCCAAGACGGAAUCGUCUACACUAAAUACCAGAAGUCAUUCCCUCUACCCAGUGACUCCGACCCCAGUUCGAGCUUCGAUGUCAAUGCAGUUAUAAGUUUUUACGACCUGGAACUUCCUGAGGACGCGCCGAAUCCGAACGAAGUUUUCUUAGUGUACUUUUGCGGCCUAGGUUUAUUCACCAAAAAUUAACAAGGCUCGCGAGCUGCCCUAGGAACGAAAAACGCAAAGAAUCUAAUCUCAUAUUUUGAUCGGCGGACUUUGUUAUUUAAGUGGUCAGCUUUUGAAAAUGGAUCUUUCAGAAGUAAAUUAAGGGUAAUACUCUCUCGGAGGUUUGCGAUGGGCGGUCCUGAGUUUUGUAUUUUAUUUGUGAGGUUUUCCUCUUUGGAUGGCGGCAGUACGGUACCAAAGGCUUCUAUGAUAAGCUGAUGAUCGGCACUCGUUGGUAAUAAUUUUUUCUUCCAUCUUAGUUACACACUCCAGGUCCCAAAGCGUUCGCUUUCUGCCCGUCUCUACUAUAGUCUAGCCUUCGAUCUCAUAGCUGUUGGACUUGUGUUUCGGUUCAA